AUGUUUGGCUUUGCCUUCUUCGGCUGGCGAAAAGCUUCUAAAUGUAAAAAGUUGAUCAAACAGGUUCAAUGCCGUCUCAAGCUUUUGAAAAACAAAAAGAGUGUAAUUACAAAGCAAUUGAGAGAAGAUAUUGUACAACUCCUUGAGAAUGGCUACCAUCAAACUGCCUUCAAUAGGGUUGAGCAGAUCGUGAAAGACGAAACCAGAAUGGCAGCAUAUGAGAUUCUGGACAAUUUCUGUGAAUUCAUACUCUUGAAUCUCUCCUACAUAUGCAAACACAAGGAAUGUCCUAAUGAUGUUAAUGAAGCAGUUUCAAGUCUGUUGUUUGCAUCAGCUAGAUGUGGUGAUCUUCCUGAGUUGCAGCUUAUAAGGAAACUGUUUGGUGAACGUUAUGGUCGUAGCUUUGAAACUACUGCUGUUGAGCUUAAUCCAGGCAAUCUUGUCAAUCUCCAAAUCAAAGAAAAGCUGUCAAUAAAUUGUGUGUCGGAUGAUGAAAAACAGAAAAUGAUGAAUGAAAUCGUUAGAGAUUGUCUUAAACCUGAGCUUUUGGCUCUUGAAUACCGUUCAGAAUGGCACCAAAAUCAGGUAACAGCAAAGGAAGUUAUUCAAGUUCAUGCUGAUGAAAAGACAGAGCAACAGAAAAAACUAGCAAUAAAUGCUUACGAGACAAAAAAGGGAGACUUACAUUAUUCUGAUUCAGUAACUAGCACAUCUUGUGAAUGUUUUCCUCAGUUACCUGAGGAAAGGAUUGUUUAUCUUGAUGAUGUUGUGGAGCUUUGUUCCUCGACCACAACAGAAGGAGAUCAAAGACUGUUCAAAUUCAAAACAACCCCAACUUUGUCAAACAGAGAGAUUAGCAGAGAAAAUCAUCACAACCAAAUUGAUUUGGUUCAAAGUGAAUCUUGGAGUGAGGAUGAAAAUUCAAGAUCAAAAACGUCUAUUGAAGGAUCAAAGAAGAGGUUUGUGGUAGUGGUAGAAGGAAAGCCUAAGAAAGAGGAUUAUAAACAUGAAAAAUCUUCAUGGAAGCAGAGGAAAAUGGAUAAGUAUUGGACUUCUGCUUCAGAAAUAACAACAGAUAAGGAAAUUGAAUGGGCAAAUUUUUACAAGAAACCGAUGAGGAGGAGGACAAAAAGGGAAGACCCACCUCCAAGUCAUGACAAGAAAUUUACAACAUAUGAUGGCUUCAAUGCCAACAUAAACCACAAGAAAGCUGAAGCAAAUUGUCGAAAGAUAGAUGUAAAAAAAGAUGGGCUUUAUUUAAGGGCAGUGACAAUGCCAACAGAAAGGCCAAAAGAGAGGCUGAAAGAAGUGAGCUUUGGUCGUACAAAAUCAUGCCCUUAUGAGCAACCAAGCCAUGUUCAUCCAAAGUUACCAGAUUAUGAUGAUAUUGCAGCAAAGUUCAUAGCUCUGAAAAGAGAACGCCUCCAAAAUAACACUCUUAAGACUUAGUUUCUGAGCAGUUGUAUUAACAAUUAUAACUUCUAGGUUAAUUCAAGUAGGAAAAUGGUAUUGGUUUUCAAUGAAAAUGAUGUAAAAAUAUGAGGAAGAGAAGAUCAUUGUAGAUUGUAUGUUGGUGUAAUUGAAGGAAUUAUGAAAGAGUAGAGGCAAAGACAAAUUGCAAUGGGUGUGGCUUGUAAGGCAAGUAGUGUAUGAAGCAGAUUUAUUUGGUAGAGCAAAGGAGAGGUAAUGUUUGAGAUUUGUUUUAGUAUAAAAUUGAGGGAGUGGACAACAAUUUUGUCAUGGCCCAAAACAUGACUCUACUGCCCAUUUGUGUUUUCUCCUUUUUCUCCUUAUUUUACCAAGCCAAUUUUCAUUUCCAUAUA